AUGAAUGUUAUACCAUGUUCCAUUCAAACACUCAAAGGGUUAUAUGAUAUAUCAGGUGUAGAAGUAGGCCAACAUUUAUAUUGGCAAAUAGGAGGUUUACAAAUUCAUGCCCAAGUACUUAUCACUUCUUGGGUUGUAAUUGCUAUCUUAUUAGGUUCAGUCAUCAUAGCUGUUCGGAAUCCACAAACCAUUCCGACCGACGGUCAGAAUUUCUUCGAAUAUGUCCUUGAAUUUAUUCAAGACUUGAGCAAAACUCAGAUUGGAGAGGGGUAUGGUCCUUGGGUUCCAUUUAUAGGAACGAUGUUCCUAUUUAUUUUUGUUUCUAACUGGUCAGGUGCUCUUUUACCUUGGAAAAUCAUAAAGUUACCUCAUGGAGAGUUAGCUGCGCCCACGAAUGAUAUAAAUACUACUGUUGCUUUAGCUUUACCUACGUCAGUGGCAUAUUUCUAUGCGGGUCUUAGCAAAAAAGGAUUGGGAUAUUUCGGGAAAUACAUUCAACCAACUCCAAUACUUUUACCAAUUAAUAUUCUAGAAGAUUUCACAAAACCUUUAUCUCUUAGUUUUCGACUUUUCGGGAAUAUAUUGGCUGAUGAAUUAGUGGUUGUUGUUCUUGUUUCUUUAGUGCCUUCAGUAGUUCCUAUACCUGUCAUGUUUCUUGGAUUAUUUACAAGUGGUAUUCAAGCUCUUAUUUUUGCAACUUUGGCUGCGGCUUAUAUAGGUGAAUCCAUGGAGGGUCAUCAUUGA